CCUAUUCUCACCCUUUUCCUCAACUUUUCAAUUCCUUCACCAAUAAAGUAAAAAUCCAUUUCCUCCAAUCCAAUAAAACCUGACCCCCGCCCAAACCCUCCCCCUCCCCUGACCCCCCCCUUUUCAUCUCCUCUCCUCUCUCUCUCUCUCUCCAUAUAUCUGUAUCUAUUACCUCUGGCUCCAAACCCCAAAUCCCUCCCCUCAUGUGGCUACAGCGGGCAAACCCCCCGGGCCGGGCCCGCGCCUCGCCGUCGCACUUCGCCACGUCAUCGUUCAAAGACAUCCAGCACCUCUGCGCCGCCGCGGACGACCGACCCCCGAAGCAGCCGAAACAACCCUCCAUCUUCCACCGCGUCCGCCUCGCCAACUCGCUCCUCCGUGCCUGGUCGACUCACCUCAACGCGCCCAGGCUCAAUGCCGCCCCGGCAGAAACCCAACCCGAGCCGCCGAUCUACGUCCCCGGCGCGGAGACCCGGAUAAUUGUCUACUUCACGAGCCUCCGCGUCGUCCGCUCGACGUUCGAGGACUGCCAGGCCGUCCGAUCGAUCCUGCGCGGGUUCCGCGUGUCGAUCGACGAGCGAGACGUAUCCAUGGACUACAAAUUCAUGGACGAGUUGCAGGGGAUCCUGGCUGAUAAAGUCAAGGGGAAAAUUACGUUGCCUAGGGUUUUUAUCGGGGGGAGAUAUUUCGGCGGGGCCGAGGAGGUCAAGCAGCUGCACGAGGUCGGCGAGCUGAAGAAGGUUGUCGGAAAAUUGCCGGCGGCGGAUCCCGGGGUUGUCUGCGAGGUCUGCGGCGGGUACAGAUUUAUCCUCUGCGACGAGUGCAGCGGGAGCCAUAAAUGCUACACGGAAAAGAGUGGAUUCAGGACGUGUGGAGCGUGUAAUGAGAACGGUCUGAUCAGGUGCCCUUCUUGUUUAUUAACCGUCUGAUUAUUAGGAUUGAGGAAAACAGGGAAAAAAAAAGGGAAAAAGAUAAAGAAAUUAGGAAAUGAUGUUUUUUAGUUUUAGUGAAUUUUUGUUUUUUUUUUGUUGUGAUUUAAGGGGUGUAUUUUUGUUAGGAUUGGCAGACACAAGCUAAGGUAGACGCGCACCCACUGAAGUGCUGCCCUAAUAUUCAUUUUACUAACUUGUUAAUUAAAAUAUGUAAUGUAAGUUGUGAAAACACGUGGGAAUGGAGGAAAAAAUUAUUCA